UCCUCUCUCCCGAGCCCACUCCCGCUGCUCCCGCUCUGCGURCCACGGCGGCGGCGUCCCGCCAUGUCGGCCGCCAAGCACCGGGGCGCUAAGGGGGGCAGCCCGCCCGCCGCCGCCAACGACAAGGGCGCGCAGCCCGGUGGCGCCGAGGAGCCGCCGGCCAAGAAGCCGGCUGCGGCGGGGCACGGCCGGGGCGGCAGGGCCGGCGGGGGGAGCCGCUCCGGCGCCGGUCCCCGGCGCGGCUGGGCGCUGCUGCUGCUGGGCGCCGCGGUGGUGCUGGGCGCCGCGCUGCCCGCCGGCUGGUACGUGCGGCUGCUGCAGGAGGAGGUCGGGCGGAGCGCCCGGGAGGUGGAGGCCUCCGGCCGGCAGCGGCARGAGCUGGCCGCCACCCUGGACACCGUGGUGCAGAAGGUACGUUCUCUUCAAACCACAUUUGGAGAAUUUGAAUCCAUGAUGAAAAUCGUUCAGCAGAAGCAGGAGGUUAGUGAGAAGGCUGUUAAACAAGGGGAGAGUGAAAUCAAUCGGAUCAGUGAAGUGCUUCAGAAGCUGCAAAAUGAAAUUUUGAAAGACUUGUCUGACGGCAUUCACAUGGUGAAGGAUGCGAGGGAACGAGACUUCACAUCUCUGGAAAACACAGUGGAAGAGAGACUGACAGAGCUGACCAAAUCUAUAAAUGAUAACAUUGCUGUAUUCACUGAAGUGCAGCAAAGGAGCCAAGAUGAAAUCAAUAAUAUGAAAGCAAAGGUUGGUUCCUUAGAACAGGCAGAUGUGUACAAACAUGAAAUUAAGGUGCUAAAAGAUGCUUUUGAUGAGAUGCAAGCAUCCAUGAAAAUGAAAGAAAAGGACAUAGAGACCUUGAAGAGUACAAUAGACUCCAUGGAGUCUGAUGUGUACACUGAAGUGAAGGAGUUAGUCAACCUCAAACAGGAACAUGAGAAGUUCAAAGAGGCUGCRGACACUGAACACCUUUCACUGAAAGCUUUACAAGAGAAAGUUCUGAGAGCUGAGGAUUCYAUUAUGCAGCUCCCUAGUGACAUUAAAAGACUUGAUGAAGAUUUACUGCAAGUGAAAGCCAACCUCAACAAAUGGGAAGAUAAUGAACUCUUCAGAAAAGCAUUAGAAACUUUUGGGRAGAACAGUAAAGGACUGGAGUCUCGACUGAGGCACAUAGAAGACAGCCUAGAGUCUCUAACAUCUGCUGCUGCUCAAAACAGUGAAAAGUUGGAAUCUUUCCUUUCUAAGGAGGCAGAAUAUGAGAAUAAGCUCAAUACCCUAGAACAAAGCAUUACCACUCUUCAGGGACUCUCAAAUACAGAYGUUACUUCGGUCACAGAUGUUCUGAAAAAUCUUGGUGAAGCACAGACUUCACUGUACAAUGACAUGGAAAACUUAAGGAGAAGCAUCAGUGAGCUGCCAUCCUCUGGUGCUCUCCAGGAUGUCCAGAAGCAAAUAAGUACUUUGUUGGAUCAAGGAAAUCUUCAGGCAGGCCAAGCACAUCCUCAAGGUUACCUUGAAAAAUUCUCUUCUGUGGAAGGCUCUGUAGAUGAACUGAGAUCUUCUGUUAGCCAGGUUGACUCCGAUUUAAAAAUGAUAAGAACUGCAGUGGAUAGUUUAGUCGCCUAUUCAGUGAAAAUUGAAAAUAACGAGAACAACUUGGAGUCUGUGAAGAGCUCGAUAGAUGACCUGAGGAAUGAUCUGGAAAGGUUGUUUGUGAAAGUAGAAAAAAUACAUGAAAACGUUUAGGCAGCAGUCUUCCUUGGGCAAAUAAUGGGUUAAGGAGAAUAGCUUUUAUAUGUCCUGUUUUUUACUCUUUUUAAAAGCAAUUUGAUACCUCCAAAGAGAAUAAGAAUACUUUAAUAAUAGAGACAGUUCUGCUUAUUUCCUUUAUUUCUUUUCUGUGUAGUGUUUGGAGUUUUGGUUGUUUGUUUGGUUUUUUUUUUGUUUCCCCUUCAAUUUUGUCUUAAGAAAACAUGAGUUUGGUUGGGGUUUGAGUUUCUUAAGGGCUCAUUUUCUCUCCAAAGUUGUACCUCUGUAGUGGUGUAAUAAAGGCACUACAGCCUCCUUAGCUUGGGCACAUAUUUAAUGGCAUGAARGUGUUUCACAUUGACACUAAAUAUCCCACACAGCAGGGCCACAGCUCACUGAGGAUUUCACUGAUGGUUUAUGAAACAAAACUACACCUGAAACUUUACUUUGGUGAACUUWAGAGUGGAGCAGCUGUUGAGCACCUCACUGUUCUGCAGUUUGGGACUCAGACACCAAGGGUCAGCUGAGCUGUGGUGUAAUUCUGUGAGAAUUUCAUCUGUUCCAAGGAGCUGAUAAAGUCUGAGAUWGGUGGCACUGCCUGUGUGUUCCACCACAUGGCUGGAGAGAUUCUUCAUCUUCACAGGCUUUUUUUUUUGCCAGCAUCUGCAGCUCUUGGUGCAGAAGAUCAGUGCUUAGAAGAGAUAUCUGAAGGGUGGGAUUAAUUUUAGGAGGGUACAGCAAUAAUAUUUUUUGUCAMAUUUUUAGACUGUUUACAUGAUUAGGCUUUCUUGGAAAGAUCUAAUUUGGUCUUUGAUACAGGGUUUUUCUGUAAAAAUUGCCACAAAUUUGAGGAAAGAGAAGGACCAAAAUUGCACCUGUUGUGUUCCAUGUAUAAAAAGCAUGCAAACAACAA